AUGGCCAACUUCUUUCUCUUUCUCGCUAUAUCUUCUGCUCUAGUUGUCACCACUUUUGCUCAAAGCUUCUCAUCAAGGAAUUUUGGGGUGACUGGUAACGCCUACAUACAGGAAGGCGGCAACCAACUACAGCUCAACCUCGAGCCAGCCGGUGGUUCUGAAGCUGUAUCAACACAACAGUAUCUUUAUGGAAGGUUCGACAUGCAGAUCAAGGCUGUCGCUGGCUAUUCCGCUGGCGUUGUGACCUCUUACUUCCUCCAAUCUCCAAGACCAGCGAACGAUCAGAUGGACUUUGAACUAUUAGGUAACGUAACAGGGCAGCCCUACAUACUGCACACCAACGUGUGGACGAGUGGGCAGGGUAACAGGGAGCAACAGAUAUUCCUGUGGUUUGAUCCCACGGCUGACUUCCACACCUACACCUUCGUCUGGAAUCCGCAAAACAUACUGUGGCUAGUCGAUGGAAUACCAGUGAGAGUUUACAGAAACGCGCAGCAGCAGGGCAUCCCGUACUUGAAUAGCCAACCGUUGAGCGUUCACAAUGCAGUGUGGAACGGAGAGCAAUGGGCUACAAGGAGAGGGCAGGUGCGGAUCGACUGGAGUCGGGCGCCGUUCGUGGGCUACUACCGCAGUUACAGCGCCAAUGCAUGCGUCGCGUCAUCAUCACAGGACGCGUCAAACUGCAGUGGAAAUAGUGGAGAGUGGAUGAAUUGGAGUCUGGAUGAAGCUCAGGCCUCUAGGCUGAGGUGGGUGAGAGAGAACUACUUGGUUUAUGACUACUGUCAGGAUCAAGGGCGAUUCCCGCAGGGAACUCCUCCCGAGUGCUCUGUCAACAAUGUGUGAUUAACGUAAUUGACGCACUGUGAGAAUUGGAAGUUAACUAUGAGGGGAGUAUGAGUGAAUAAGAUCAUGAGAUGUCGGUGUUUUCACUUUCGACGAUGUAAUA